GUCUCUGCGAGUCACGGUGAUGGCGGCCACCAUCCUGUGGUGAGGUAGCGGAUUCUCUGCGGCUGUUGGGAGCCUCUCGCGCCUCCUGCGGACGCGGCGACCGUCGCGUGAGGCAGCAUCGAGGGCGAAACUGUCGGGGAAGGCCGCGGGGGCGGUGGCGCAGCCCGGGGACACGGAGCCCGGGAGGGAGAGAGACCGAGAGAGAGGCUCGGCGCGGCGAAUGUGACAAGCCCCCAACCCCCACCGCCUUCCUCCCGAGAGCGCGAGGAGCGCGGGCGACCCUGGGGCGGCCAGCACCCGGCGCAGACACCAUGCAGGUCACCCUGAAGACCCUCCAGCAGCAGACCUUCAAGAUCGACAUCGACCCGGAGGAGACGGUGAAAGCAUUGAAAGAGAAGAUUGAAUCUGAAAAGGGGAAAGAUGCCUUUCCAGUAGCAGGUCAAAAAUUAAUUUAUGCAGGUAAAAUCCUCAAUGAUGAUACUGCUCUCAAAGAAUACAAAAUUGAUGAGAAAAACUUUGUGGUGGUUAUGGUGACAAAACCCAAAGCAGUGAUGACACCAGUGCCAGCUGCAACCCAGCAAUCAAGUGCUCCCACCACUGCUGCAGUUAGCUCCUCCACAGCAACAGCUGUUGCUCAGGCUCCAGCCCCUGCCCCUGCUUUGACUCCCACUUCCACACCUUCAUCCACUGCUCCAGCCUCAACGACAGCAACUUCUGAACCUACACCUGCUAGUGCUACUCAGCAAGAGAAACCUGUAGAAAAGCCAGCAGAGACACCAGUGGUUACUAGCCCGGUACCAACUGACAGUACAACAGGAGAUUCUUCUCGGUCAAAUCUUUUUGAAGAUGCAACAAGUGCACUUGUGACAGGCCAGUCUUAUGAGAAUAUGGUAACUGAGAUCAUGUCCAUGGGCUAUGAACGAGAGCAGGUGAUUGCAGCCCUGAGGGCCAGUUUCAACAACCCUGACAGAGCUGUGGAAUAUCUUCUCAUGGGAAUCCCUGGAGAUAGAGAAAGUCAGGCUGUGGUUGACCCUCCCCAUGCAGCUAGUACCGGGGCUCCUCAGCCUUCAGCAGUGGCCGCAGCUGCAGCGACCACAACAGCAACGACAACAACCAGUUCUGGAGGGCAUCCUCUUGAAUUUUUACGGAAUCAGCCCCAGUUUCAACAGAUGAGACAAAUUAUCCAACAGAAUCCUUCCCUGCUUCCAGCGUUGCUACAACAGAUAGGUCGGGAGAAUCCUCAAUUACUGCAGCAAAUUAGCCAACACCAGGAGCAUUUUAUUCAGAUGCUAAAUGAACCAGUUCAGGAAGCUGGUGGUCAGGGAGGGGGAGGCGGAGGAGGAGGCGGUGGCGGUGGUGGUGGCAGCGGCGGCAGUAGCAGCGGCGGUGGUGGCGGAGGUGGCAGUGGAGGAAUUGCAGAAGCUGGAAGUGGGCACAUGAACUACAUUCAAGUAACACCUCAGGAAAAAGAAGCUAUAGAACGGUUAAAGGCAUUAGGAUUUCCUGAAGGACUUGUGAUACAAGCAUAUUUUGCUUGUGAGAAGAAUGAGAAUUUGGCUGCCAAUUUUCUUCUACAGCAGAACUUUGAUGAAGAUUGAAGGGACUUUUGUAUCUCACACUUCACACCAGUGCAUUACACUAACUUUGUUCACUGGAUUAUCUGGGAUGACUUGGGCUCAUAUCCACAAUAUUUGGUAUACGGUAGUAGGUUGAUGGGUGGGGAGGGAGGGAGCUAGGAUAUAGGGCAGAGAUACAUACAGUGCAUGUCUGCUUCAAUUAGCAGAUGCUGCAGAUCCAUACAGUGUAAAAUAUUAUUCAACCAAAAAUCAGCUUUUGCAGGUCUUUAUUUCUUCUAUGAACAGUAGACAACUUUUCCUAGGUUUCACUCUUUUUAGUGUACUAGAUCCAGAAAUUUAGUGUAAUGCCCUGCUUUCUCUUUUCUUUGACUUAACAUUGGUUUCUGAAUCUUUGCUACCUAGAAUCUACAAUCUUUUGUUUCAUGGCAACACUGGAUAAUGAUUUUUUGAAAUUGAGGGGGGAAAAAACGGGAGCAACUGUAAACAGAAAUGCCAAAUUAUUGAUGGUUGUUGUUGCUGCUUCACAUAAAUAUGAAAUUGAUGCAUAAGCCCGUUUCUUUUAUGUUCAGUGCUGGGGGGUGGGGAGGGUAGAAAGGGAACUUUUUCUUAAAAUGAAAAUAAUUAUUGCUAUUUUAAAAUUUCCUGAUGAUUGAAUGUUGAGACCCUUCUAACAUUAUUUGAGAAGCUGUACCAGUAUAGGCAGUUAUUUUCCUGUUUACAUUUUGUUUGGGGGGAAAAUUGGUAGGUGUCUAAUUACUGUUUACUUCAUUGUUAUAUUGCAGUAAAAGAUUUAAACAACCA